AUGUGGCUCGCUGAAAGCUUUGACUGUGUUAUUAUCAAUCUAUAUGCCUCAUGCAACGCUACAGGAAAGUUUUUUUUGUGGGAGGAUAUUCUAUCACUUCGUUCUGAGUUCCCUAUGAGCUGGUGCUGUGCAGGUGAUUUUAAUAUUGUGAAAAGUAUAGAGGAGAGAAAACGAUGUAGUCAAUCUGGCACUGACAUUUCAUACUUCAACGACUUCAUCGACAGUUCCGAGCUAACGGAUCUUCCUCUAGUGGGCAAGAAAUUCACAAGGUACGGCGUUGAUGCCAAACGCAACCGUAUUGAUAGGUUUCCACUAUCUUUGGAGUGGUUUCUUCAAUUCCAAAAUCUCAGUCAAAAAGGGGACUCUUAUGAAACGGUUGCUGAAAAUUGGAAUUCAACAGUUUCUUAUGGUAACGCGGGCCAUUGUCUUAAGGUUAAAUUGAACAGACUUAAAUCACAGCUGAAGCAGUGGAAUAGGCCUACCUUUGGCAACAUUGACACCACCAUAGCUGAUCUUGAUAAUACAAUUGAGCAGCUGGACAAAUAG